GGGGGGGGGUUGGGUGACAGCUAUCUUUGACAGCUGCGUGACUCAACCCACGGAGGAUCCUCCCUCCCCUUUUCCCCACCGCCCGCUGACAUCAGCUCUAGAGCGCCCUUCUCUCCGCUCCACUGACACACAAAAACAUUACAACAAAAAAAAACCGCGCAAAACCAAUUUUUUUUUUUUGUUUUGCUUACAACCUCGCGUCCCCCCCCCUACAGCCCUGCUAAAUGUCGCUUUACUUGUGUACUACUCAAUGAUGCAAUUGUAUGUUGAUGUUUGGAUGUGUAGGUUGGCGCACGAGUUUAAAAAAAAAAAAAAAUCUGAACCAUCAAUGCCUUCAUUUGUAUGCGCCGCACAGGCAUGCGACAGCUGCUUAAAAAUAAAAAAAUAACUAAAAAUGGUUUUAGCUCACCCGAAGCCAAAUGUCGCCUCCUGGUGGAAGGUUUUGUCAGUGCAAGGGAACUGGGGAAUCUGAGGAUUUAAAAAAAAAAAAAAAAAGACAAUACCAUGGACUAGCAAGAAACCUUGCAUAUUACCUAGGGCUCGAUUUCCGUGACAUGUUAACUUUUCCCAAAAUACGCUGUGAAUCACUAUCAUCUAAACCGCAAAAAAAGAGCAUUUUUUUGUGAUUAAAAACAUUCCAUUUCAAGUCAAUCAGUUCGAUUAUAUUUUGGGAAAUAAGGACUCCCCAUGGGGAAAAUACAUGCAAAACGCAUCGUUCCUUUGUUGUCUCUGCGACAUCCUAUUUCAGACAGCAAAUUUAAACUUGAAAAUCAAGUUCAAUUUGCAGAAUUCUGCCUUAUGAAAUUCAUCAAAAAAAUUCACAGAAAAUGUGUUUUCUUGCUUUUUCACUGAUGGAAUUUGGGAAGAUAUUGACAUUGCUUUUUCGCGAAAAACCGUCAGCCUACGAAGGUGACGCAGAGACAAGAGUGAACAACAACAACUGUAAACAAAACCUUGUUCAAGGGAAUAAACUAAUCAGAAAAAACAACCUUUCCAAACAAACUUUAACAGUGUGAAAAGUAAAUCUUUCUAAUUUACCUGUGGAAUAUUUUCACACGGUCACACUGCACAGGUCGGCAUGCUUGUUUUGGGAGUAUCAAGAUGGCGGAUGGCCACUUCAGUUCUUGUGGCCAAUGAGCCAUCCAGAUCAGUGCCCCACAGGAGUUGUUUGGAAGUAACAAAGUACACAUGCUUGCCUCGUGUACUUGAGGAAGGGAUUUAUUUUUCUUUUGUCUUUCACAUUUAAAAACUCAUACCAUGUUGCCGUAAGGUAGAAUAGCUUGAAGUGUUUUUCAUACAACUAUUUACUGUAAUUGCGACCGAAUGACUGCGUCAAUGUAGGUUAAGUGAGAGUGAUUUGCCUUAAAAUGAUGGUUAAAAUAUCACCGGAAAUUAUUUGAGAAUCGUUUACUUAUUGAAGAAUUUACAUUUUUUUCCCCAGUUAUUAAAUGUUCCUUUUUAGGCAAAUUUUUUUUUUUGCGGUAAUCUGUCACAGCGUCAGAAAGUGGUAAUAAAAUUAUUGCAUAUUUUAAAAAUCCUAACGCUUGCCUCAGCUUUAUGAUUAGACAAUUACAUUUUUUAUUUAUGAAAAGAUAUGACCUCAACCGCAUGUUAUUGGAACAAUGUGCCGGUUACCUAAAUUUAGACGUGUGUGUGUGUACAACGCGGGCUGCGUGAUUCAGUUGUCGGUCAGCGUGGUUAAAAAUGUCACACGCGUAGUUAAGCAAGUUAAUGCCUGUAAAAUCAUCACCAUAGCGAUGGAAACACAAAACAUUUUUUACGUAAGAUGAUCUUUUAAGUAUUGUGUGAAGAUUCAACUUUUUCUUUUUAAGAUUGUGUUUCGUCAAGAGCUUAAGUGUACUUGAUGGCGUGUUAAGAAGAGCUGCGUUCAAUGCAAGCGUUAUUACACAACCGGGGUGACGUUUCGCAUGGUUCACAGUGGCGCCCUCGUACCUCACGCUUGCAUUCCUUCGACUCGGACCGGAAAUAAAAGUGUCAAGCGGGAGAGACGUUGCGUAUUCACGCUUUCAAAAUAAAAACUUGGUUGUGAACUCAGAGGCACGAUUCCCCUGUUUAGGACUGUGUAGUAAGCGUCAUAAUUGAGCAUUUCAAUCCAGUCAUGUCAACUUAUUUUUUUUUUAUUUUUAUUUUUUUUUCCGGCAGGGGUUUUCAUACUUUCCGCCAUCUGUAUGUGAGAAUAUAGCUUCCUGAUAACUUUUUACUCUAACUCCGUUACAUAUUGAUAAAUUAUCUGUACUUUCUUGUACUUGUAAAACUUCAGCAGAUAAUGACGCGAUGUUUUUAAAAAAAAAAAAAAAAAAAAAACAACGUAGUGAGUUUUAAUCUUUUACAACUGAUAUUUAUUGGUUACGAUUGGAUCAGCUGGUAAAGUCUUGUGCUCACAGUUCUGAGGACCCGGGUUCAAUCCCCACCUGUGUGGCGUUUGCAUGUUCUCCCCGUGCCGAGGUGGGUUUUCUCCAGGCGCUCGGGCUUCCUCCCACAUCCCGAAAACAUGCAACAUUAAUUGGACCCUCAGAAUUGCCCCGAGGUGUGAUCGAUGUGGCAACCAGUUCAGGGUGUACCCCGCCUCCUGCCCGUUGACAGCUGGCACAGGCUCCAGCACUCCCCGCGACCCUCGUGAGGAUAAGCGGCAAAGAAAAUGGAUGGAUUGUUUGGAUCCUGGAGGAGUGUUUUAUUUUGAAGGCACUCCAAACGGAAACGGGAUGGCCGCCACCCGGCGCUGCUUGACUUUGUUUUGCAACAACUGAGCUUCGGUCUCAGUUUACAUUCGGGAGGACGUGUACGAGUGACGCGAGAGGAGGCGAAGUAGACCGCGUCCCCGCCGCGCCCCCCCCCCCCUUCCCCUCCUGCUAUAGGGAACAGAGGGGUGCCACUGGGGGGAAAAAAAAAAAAAAAAAACUUCCUCAGCAACUUCGGCCGUGUCGCUAUCGAUGACAAACGGGGGUAAUUUUAGCUGUGGCCGUCAUCGCGCUGUGACCGGCUUGGCCGUGGGCUCGCUAUAAAGGACGCACUUCGACAUGCAGCUUUACAACAGCGCCUUGACGCACUACCCGAGAUCAUCCAGCAAAGUCACCGUCACGUUAUCCUGCGGAUCAUCCAGCCCAGCUGAGGAAGACCCGUCGGCACUGAGCCAGUCAGAGGCCCCAGGUCCGCCCGCUACUUCCGCAAACAUGCCUGCUUUUUCUUGCUACGAAGCCUCCUCCUCUAGGCCCGUGCCAGACUACUUCACAUCCACCGCCGAGUUGCUUGUACGCAGAGCUAACGGGGUGAAGAGGACUGUGAAAAUCACCAGGGUGCCCAAGCCGUCGUCCCCUGAUCACGAGCUGCUGGAGUUGAUCGACGAGCUCAGGGACGGUACGGGUGGAAUGCUCCCGGAGGACUGCUCGGAGAGUCUUAUGUUUGAGGACGGCAAGAGGAGUAACAGGUGGGUACCCGAGCAGGAGCUCUGUGGCGCUCCACCUGAACUGAAGUUGAACGAUGAGCUGGCUGCUUCUGACUUUGAGCUGAGCGUUCUGCAAGAGCAGAAAGGGGACGACAAGGUGGCCCGUUAUCUGGCCGAGGUGGACACUCAGAACAAGUACCUCCGGGAGAGGCGCAAGUUCUGAUACCACAUCAUCCCGGAUGGCAACUGUCUGUAUCGGGCCGUGUGCAAGGCUACUUACGGGGAGCAGGCGAGGCACGGCGAGCUGCGGGAGCGCACGGUCCACCACAUCGCCGAUAACCUGGACCAGUUCAACCCGGUCAUCGAAGGCGACGCGGGCGAGUUCCUCAUCAACGCGGCGCAGGACGGCGCCUGGGCCGGAUACCCCGAGCUGCUGGCCAUGAGCCAGAUGCUCAACGUCAACAUCUACCUGACCACCGGGGGCAGCGCGGAGAGCCCCACCGUGUCCACCAUGGUGCACUUCCUGGGCGAGGAGGACGCGUCCAAGCCGGCCGUCUGGCUGAGCUGGCUGAGCAAUGGACAUUAUGACGUGCUCAUGGACGCCCGGGUGGACAACCCGGAGUACGAGGACUGGUGCCGACACUCCCAGAUGCAGAGGAGACGGGACGAGGAGUUGGCCAAGUCCAUGGCGGCGUCUUUGUCCAGAAUGUACAUUGAGAAAAACGGAGCGGUUUAAUGACUCGCUUUGGUUCUGAAGUGAUUUUUCUCUUGUUUUUGUUUUUAUACGACGAAGGAGAUUGAACCAAGUGCUGUGCACAUACGUGAUUUGUUUCGACUUUAGCGGAUGAAAGGGUGGCUGUUUUGGAAUCGUCGUCACUGGUUUUGCGGUGCCGUGCCAACGUGUAGCGAGUCCAGGUUUAUUUGUCAAAUGUUGAAUGAGGAUAUAGAAAUCAAGUUGAUACGGUAAUUUGAGAAAGAUUCCAAACGCAGCCAGUUUGUGUUUACAGUGAGGCUAUUCGGGGCCUCGCUUCAAAGAAAACGACGGAUACUUUGCAGGAGUACUCGUGUGGAGAGAGUAUUUUGACAAAAGUCAUAAUUUGAGUGCAUUAUGGUGUCUGAGUAUUUGUUCGGAAUUGUGUGCCAAAUUUUGAGAGACGGACUCAGCCUGGUUUCGAAGAAUGCGUGGCUUGAGUUGUUUUUGCGUUUUGUUUUUUACCCUACUUGCCCAAAUAGUUUAGCAAUUUAUAUAACUUUUUAAAGAAAAUGGGGCAAUCUUGAAUUUUUGUUUCGGGGGAAAAAAAAACAGUAAUUUUUGAAGAAAUAGAAUUAAAAUAAAUCAGAAAAAAACUUUUGUUCAUUCUGACCCAUUUUGGAAAAAAAUAUUCAUGAAUGCACAGGACAUUUUCAUGAAGUUAUAUCUGUAAUAAAUUUCAUUUUAAAAGGAAAUCUUCAUUUGCUCAAGUAAACACAUUUCACAGUAUUUUUUAUGUAUCACUGUACUCAAUUUCAUCUUGACAUUUUUUUUCCCUGAAAUGCAUUUGACAUGUAGUACAAAUCUUUUGUAAACCUGUAUUUUCUAUGAAGGGAAAGGGGGGAAAAAAAAAUGUUUUCACCGUGGCCUUGAUGCUUCCUUUUAUCAAUGUUAGCGAAAAUCGCUUUAUGUAUUUAUUUUAUAACGCAGCCUUAGCCUUGGGACCUUAAAUUCUUUAAACUGCUGUAAGUUAUUAUGAAGCAGGUGCACAAUUUAAUAACUGAGUGCUUUUUUUUUUUUUUUUUUCUUGUGCAACCUGAUGUAUUUUUAUGUACAGUAUAUGUCGAUGGCUCAUUUUACAAAGAUGAACCUUUUAUUAAUGAGCUUGAUGUGUUUGAAGCCGUCCUAUCCGGGCAUAUUAAUGAUCUUUUACCUUUUUUAUCUUUUUCUAUCUGCAAUUGUUGCACAAAUAAAAGUGUCCUUAUAUGUGACUCAUCCGUGUUCGACU